UGCCAGCUUCAAAGGGGGAAAGAAGAGCAGGACAGACGUGAAGGAUGGAGGCAAGGAAGUGCACCUAAGACAAAAGUAUUAGGAUAUACCAUCUUAGUGGAAAGAAGAGAGAUCAGACCAAACGUGAGAGAGACUGGAAUUUGGAAAAAAAAAGUGUGGAAAGUGUGAGAUUCAAGAAAACAGAGACGAGCAACAUUUACGGAUAGAACAAGUGUUCGUUCUGUUACCUGGAGGUGCAGCAGGUGACAAGGGGUGAGAGGCCGGUAGAGACAUUUCGCCUCAUCAGCAAGAGAGACCGGAGCCUUCAGCAGGAGGCUCUGCAAGCACAGCCCUGGCCAGACACAUGCCUCUCGAGUUCGUCUGCAAAAUCAAGUUCACAGAGGAGGAUGAAGCCAAGGCAGGCCGCCCCAAAGGGGGCGGGGCCAGAGCAUCGGAAGAGUGCCUCAGCCGGCCCAGGGGAGGCGUGGCAGACCUGGCUGCGUUCGCCAGCUCCUCCUCCCUGCACGGCCUGUCCCAGGUUUUAGGGCCUCCAGGGUCAGGGCGGCUUGGGCUGAAACAGGUCCUGUGGGCGCUGGCGCUGCUGGCGUCGUUGGCAGUCUUCCUGUACCAGGCCUCGCAGAGCACCACCCUGUACCUGGAACACCCACACCUGGCUGCGCUGGGCGGGGAAAGCAGGCAGGAGCUCACGUUCCCCGCUGUGACACUCUGUAAUGUCAAUCGCUUCCGUUUCUCUGCGCUGACCGAUGCCGACAUCUACCACCUGGCCAACCUCACUGGUCUGCCGCCCAAGAGUCGUGGCGGGCACCGGCCUGGCGAACUGCAGUACCCACCACCUGACAUGCUGGACAUCUUCCAGCGCACGGGCCACCAGCUGGAAGACAUGCUAAAGAGCUGCAACUUCAGUGGCCAGAACUGCUCUGUACAGGACUUCAGCGUGGUAUACACACGCUACGGGAAGUGCUACACGUUCAACGGGAACAGGACGCUGGCCAAGCGAGCACGGGCAGGCGGCACGGGCCGCGGCCUGGAGUUGAUGCUGGACGUACAACAGGAUGAGUACCUGCCCAUCUGGAGGGAGACCAAUGAAACAACUCUGGAGGCGGGAAUCCGUGUCCAGAUCCACAGUCAGGACGAGCCGCCUUACAUUCACCAGCUGGGGUUUGGAGUCUCCCCGGGGUUCCAGACCUUCGUGUCCUGCCAGGAACAGAGGCUGUCAUACCUGCCACAGCCUUGGGGAAACUGUCGUGCGUCGUUGGAUCCUGUGAUCCCUGGAUAUGACACCUAUAGUGUCAGCGCCUGCAAACUGCAUUGUGAGAGCAUACAGGUGCAGAGAGAGUGCAACUGCAGGCUGUUACAUAUGCCAGGUCAUGCUGACGUCUGCACACCCACCAAAGCAAAGUGUGCUGACAGGGCACUUGCUCUGCUUGAGAAGAGUAUCCGGGGGGUGUGUUCAUGUGAGACUCCAUGCAAUGUCACUCGCUACGGGAAAGAACUCUCCAUGGUUAAGAUCCCCAGCAGAGGCUCCGCACGCUACCUGUCCCGCAAGUACCACAAAACGGAGGAGUACAUCAGAGACAACUUCCUUGUGCUGGACAUUUACUUUGAAGCCUUGAAUUAUGAGACGAUGGAGCAGAAGAAAGCGUAUGACAUAGCAGGACUUUUAGGGGACAUCGGGGGCCAGAUGGGGCUCUUCAUUGGUGCCAGCAUCCUCACAAUAUUAGAGAUACUAGAUUACAUCUAUGAGGUGGUCAAAAGCAGAAUCAAGGCUUUUCAGAGACCACAGAAGAACCAGAACCAACAGAUCCAGAGAAACCAGAUCCAGAACCAGAUUAAAAAAACAAAGAACCUCCAGGAACAGAGCCUUGGACCCCAGAUGGUCUCCAGCAGCAUCUCAACGGUCAGGUUAGAGGAAGUAAAAGCCCAAGAGGCCAGAGAUUUGAUUAUUAAUCCACCCCAUGGUGUGUAUCCAGCUCCAACACUACCAAACCACCACAGCACGUACUCACUGGGGCAGCACGACAGUAUCUGCUAGACGCUUCCUACAAUAGACAUUAAUUACUCCCUGGACUCCGACCCCUGGACACAACCAUUCAGUCAAAAUCUACAUGUAUGUUCAUAACCACUGUAGUUGCAGCCUGAGUGGAUUCAAAGAUUCACUGAUUCCCUGACUCACUGAGGACCAUGUGCUGACUCUCUGCUGUGGGGGUUGAGGCACACAUCCAAGUAUGGGUCAAACUGGCUGGAAGCGGCUGAAACUGGCUACACCGCAUUAGUGCCAGCAACGCCCCGCCCCACGCUGCCCCGCCCCAUGCCUACACAUGCUCGCCCUGUACUACAGCGUCUAGAAAUCACGUCUUCAGAUGAUCAUGUGAUGAUUUUAAAGGUGUUUGUUUGGUUGGUUUGAUGAACAUUUGGGUGAAUACAAGCAAGAAAAGUGUUUGCCAUUGAAACUUCAGCGUAUAAUAGCAUUCACCCAAACCUCACACCUACUUAUAUUUUCACAAGCAGCACAGAAAAAGUGAGUACAGCUGCUGUCACAGCAUUACAGGCGGCAUUGAAGCAGAUGUUAGUGUGGUAUAGCUGUGAAUUCCCAGUCUUCAUGUCCACAGAGGCCGAGGCCCUCGCGCUGGGUGUGUUUGUCCUCUUGUGAAAAGCACAUGGCUCAGUUAUAGUGCCAAGUGUACUGGUAAAUCAUUGGUUUGUGUUAUUGUUAUGUAUAGUUUCCAUUGUGUGAUUUUCCUGGAAUUAAAACAAUGCUGGAGGCUCGGAACCAAACCUGGAGAACAACCCAGACAAAGUCACUGUAUGGUCACCAUGUCCUGAAUGUAGCCAUCACUACAAACCAUUUUGUAGAGAAAUUAAAAUUGACAUGAAAAUGAUGCUUUUUUUCUGUUAUUUGUCAAGAUAAUGUAAGCACUAAAUACUCUGAUCCCAAAAAAUACAUUUUGCUAUCACAAUUUAACAGUAACAUGCAACAAAGACACAGCUUUUUGUAGAUGUGAUGUGAAACAACAUCUUCAGGCGUAAGUGGAAUAUUCUUAAAGUAGGCAGAGAGAGCACGACAUGGAUUAAACUGAAGAGUUUGCGCUUCAGGGAAAUUAUGUAGCUCCCUUUACUGCCAUCUAGUGACUAACAUAAAAACUACAACAUUUUUAAGCAAAAAAUAAAUUUUAAAAAAUCACAUGAAUUGCUCUCCAUUCUAAAAUGGUCAUGUACCAACAAUAUAAUCACAGUAAUUACAGUAAACUCACUCUCCAAAAUUAUUUAGUACCUACUGCAGCUAAAGGAAAGCAGGGUUAGGGUUGGGGUCCACGACUAAACAUCACUGACCACCACUGACCAACACUGACGAGAACAUGAAUCAUUUUUCAUCUUCUAUAUGAAUAUAAAUGAUCACAGCUGAUAGUCACUGACAAAAACAUCAUCAGCUCCGGACAAAAGAUUCUUCCUGCUUUAAUAACAACAGUAGCUACUGCUUCUGAAUUCUGCGUUUCAGUUCAACAUACACUGCAAUACAUUACACAUAUAAUCUCAUUCAGCAUCACUUUAACACUAGAGGACAACAUCAGUUCCUUGCAGUGCUUGCGCGCGUGCACACACACACACACACACACACACACACACACAUUCUCACACACAGGCUA